AUGGCUCACAAUAUCCUCCUCACUGGUGCUUCGGGCUAUCUUGGGGGUACCCUACUGGCGCGCUUGAAACAGACAGACUUACCUCCAUAUGGCAAGCUUUAUGCCCUGGUUCGCUCUGAGACACAAGCCCAAUGUGUGCAGCAAUAUGGCGCAGAGCCUUUGCUCUGCAACAUUGGCGAGCAUGAUCAAUUAACAAGCGCAAUUAUUGACAGAGAGAUUUCUGUGAUUUAUUUCCUGAUCGACGCCUACGGUCAGACACAUCAGCAAGUGAUGAUCAGGGCCCUUGGGAAGGUAAAAGAACGCACAGGUAAAUCGGUGCAUUUCUUACAUACAACCGGCGCCAAACAAUUCAGUCGACAUGGAGGCGUUCAAGAUGACAGAACUGUACUUGACACCGACCCGAAGCUCUACGCCAUCCAGAAAAGUACCGACCCGCCGUAUAAAUGGUUUACUCAGGGCGUGAGAACCAAUGUCGCUGUUAUCGACACCGCAGAGGAGAACGGUGUGCGAAGUUACAUAUUUGCUCCCUGCAUCGUGUAUGGAGAAGGGGAGGGGUUCGGUAACCGUAUCUCUAUUCAAGACGUUGCAGUGGUGAAAGCCGCGAAAAAAACAGGUCGUGUCUAUAUGGUCGAUUCUGAUGACCCUAUCUGGCCUGUUUGCCACAUUAUUGACAACACUGCUCUCUACUUGCAGAUUCUGCGGCAGAUCUUGCUCGGCAAUGAUAUCGGGUAUAACAGGAACGGGUUCUUCCUUGCUGCCUCGGGAAGUGUAGCUUGGAAAGACAUAUAUGACGCUUUCGCUAAAGCUCUAUCUAAGAGUGGUGUGGUUGGUGACAGUACGGUGGCACAGGCAGACAAAGCAGCACUGGGGGAAAUGGGCGAAGCACUCGGAGUGGACCCAUCUAUUGUACCUUUUCAAGUGGGCGGCAACUGUACCUUCACUCCAGUCCAUGGCAGGCAGAUCGGCUGGCAGCCGCAGUACCCACCCGAGCAUAUACUCGAAGCAGCAGAUGCCGAGGUUGAACUGAUUCUGAAGACCCUGGAAUCAAGAGCAACCAUUGUGUAG